AUGCUCUCGGCAGUCUUCAUCUACAAUCAAAAGGGCGAGGUGCUCAUUUCGCGUCUGUACCGGCACGACGUUAAGCGGUCAGUCGCAGAUGUCUUCCGCAUUCACGUAAUUUCGUCGCCCACGCCUGUGCGGAGUCCAGUAACGACCCUGGGCAGCACGUCCUUCUUCCACAUCCGCUACGAGAACCUGUGGCUCUGCGCAGUAACAAAAAACAACGCCAAUGCGGCGCUGGUGUUCGAGUUCCUGUACCGGCUGCUGGGCCUCGGCUUCUCGUACUUUGGGCGGUUCGACGAGGAGGCAGUGAAGAACAACUUUGUGCUCAUCUACGAGCUGCUGGACGAGGUGCUGGACUACGGGUAUCCGCAGAACAUUGAGGUAGACACACUGAAGCUGUAUGUGACCACCGAGAGCAUCCGGUCCAAGACCAUCCCGGAGCCGCCGCAGAACAUCACAAUGCAGGCGACAGGCGCGACAACGUGGCGGCGCAAUGACAUCCAGUACAAGAAGAACGAGGCAUUCGUCGAUGUCAUCGAGUCUGUCAACCUCAUUCUGUCGGCCAAGGGCACUGUGCUGCGCGCAGACGUGCAGGGCCAGAUCGUCAUGCGCUCGUUCCUGUCGGGCAUGCCCGAGUGCAAGUUUGGCCUCAACGACAAGCUGGUUCUUGACAAGGAUGGCGGCAUGAGCGGCGUGGGCGACGGCGAGAGCGUCGAGAUCGCCGACUGCCAGUUCCAUCAGUGCGUGCGGCUGGGCCGCUUUGACACGGACCGCACAAUCUCUUUCGAGCUGAUGCGAUACCGCACCACCGAGAACGUCAACCUGCCAUUCAAGGUGCUGCCGGUCGUGCGCGAAAUGGGCAAGAGCCGCAUCGAGUACGAGAUCCUGGUCAAGUCCAACUUCAACUCGAAGCUGUCGGCCACCAACGUCAUGAUCAAAGUGCCCACACCGCCCAGCGCGACAAAGUGCCGCAUCAAGGUCUUCGGCCCCGGCAAGGCAAAGUACCAGCCCGAGCAAAACGCCAUUGUGUGGAAGAUCUCGCGGUUCCAGGGGCUGCAGGAGUCGUCGCUGACUGCCAUCGUCGAUCUGGCGCCCAUGUCCAAGCAGGUCGCGUGGUCGCGCCCACCCAUCUCGCUGGACUUCCAGGUGCUCAUGUUCACCGCGUCGGGUCUGCUGGUGCGCUUCCUCAAGGUCUUUGAAAAGUCAAACUACCAGUCCGUCAAGUGGGUGCGGUACAUGACCAAGGCUGGCAGCUACGAGAUCCGCAUCUAG